UGCUUUCAACCCCAACCAAUGGUUGUCAUGUCCACUAGCUAUCGACUUUUUGUAAGAGUUUAUUAUUCUCAAAUUCAAUUUCAAUAGUCGUUUAAGUUUCGAAAUGUGAAUAAAACUUGGAGGGAACAUUGUGUUGAAUAAAAUUACCGCUGCGGUACUUUUUUUUGGCAGGUUCUAAUAUUAUUUUCCGUCAUGUCGGAUCGUUCUAUAGCCUCCCGACCUAGCCUGGAGCAGGUGGUGGCAAUUGUAGACUUCAUGGAAAAACACCAAACUCUGGCUCUUGGACUAUUGCGAGGAUUGGAAGGGCGAGAGGAGAGCAAGAAGUUAUGGUUCCAGCUUACUAGGAUAGUUAACGGCAUAACUGGACCUACGAGACCUAUGAAAUCAUGGAUUAAAUAUUGGGCCGACAAAAAAUCCACUGUAAGGAAUAAAGUUAUCUCGGGAGGAGGUGAUCCUAACAGCUUGUGUUCCAAUAUUGAGAAGAAGAUAUGGGACUUGUUUCUAGCAAGUGAUGUGGGUAAAUCUACUAAGUCCCGCAGUUCAGUAAAGCAGGAGUCCCAUUUUGUAGAUGACAACUUUUUCAAUGAGGACAGUAUGGAGCCAAACCAUAUUGAGUCUGAACCAGUCCUAGCCUUUGAGGAGCCUAUGAUGGAUUACGAGGAGCGCCAAGUAGCUGUCAUGGAGAAAUUAGUAAAAGUGAUGAGCGACCAAGCUGCGGCCAUGUCGCAAAUGGCGCACGCUACCCUAGUCAACUCUCAGGCCAUGGAGCGGUUAGCGGAAUCCUCUCAUAUACAGGCCCGAGCACUAGAGCGGCUAGCGUCAACCUUCGAGAACAUAUCGGGCGCGGCGCACGACAUCAGAGGCUCCAUCGUCGACAUCGACUCCACCAUGAAGAGGUUCUACUCCACGUCGCCCACGUAGCACAGGUAUUUGUGAGAUAGUGCGCCGAGGACUAUCAUUUACUAGUCUAGUCACAACUUAAUUAGUCCAUGUCCGCAGACAAAUAACUGUAAAGGCUUCGUCACACAGGCGCGUUUUGCGGGCGGCGCGUAAGCGGGGCGCGCCGCUUUUACAUAUAAAAACGCUUACCCUGCGCUCACGCCCCGCUCGGAAAACACGCCUGAAUGACGGAACCUUAAGCGUGGGUGUAGUAUUUAUAGAUGUAUUUGGAACGGCGCUAUUAUUUGUUUAGUAACUGCAUUGCUUGCUGCCAUGUCACUAGGAUCUGAAAAUAAGAUUCAGAACUCUAUGGGCUCUGAUUGGCUAUGGUCGCUUCUUUCUUGGGUAGUCGGCUCUCUGAAAAAAAUUCUAUUUGACUCUGUCACAAGAAUCCUCAGUCAGAAACUACAAGUAUAUACUGAAUAUAUGUGAUAGGCCUCAAACAACUGUUGAGGUGAGCAUUUUGAGUAUAUUUAUUUUAUCAGAAUUUCUUUGAAGCAAGUAUUGUACAAUGCAAUUAUGGCUGCGUAAAAUAGUCAAUCGUCGAGUAGUUAAUACUCAAUGUAUUUGUAUAGGUAUAUCACAAUUGAAGUGGCUUCGAAACUAUUUUAAAUAAGUAGGUAGGUAUUUAGAUCACACCGGUUACACUCACUUGUAUUUUUACACGAUUGCCCCAAAAAAGGAGUGUAUUGUUAGUCGCUAUUGUUUCGGGCCCAUAUGUCUCAUGAAAGUUUAAUUUUGGAUGCAUUAUUAUUUAACAACACAUUGGUUUAAAAUUAAAUGGUACUUUUUACAUACGUAGUAGUAUUACGUAUAACGUACCUACUACAUACAACUUUUAUACAUGAUUGUUUUUUUUUUACUAAAGCAGAAGUUAUUGCUAAAAUAGUUGUUGUUGUAUUUAUUUAUGCAUUUUAGCCCAAAUGUACACUCAUUCUGUAGGUAGCUAUACAAUUAAUAUAAUGUACAAUAUAUGUACGUACUCGUAGUUAUUUUAUGUGUAUACUUUUGUUAUCUUAAAAUGUAGCUGUAAUGUAAUAGCAAUUUCUAUUUGUAAUGUAAUUUAUUAAGUAUAACUUCUAUUUGAAUAAUCAUAUUAUGUUGCCAAAAUUUGAAAAUAUUUAGCCUUAAUUAACUGUAGGUAUAUUGUACUAUAUUGUAAAUAGUAAAGAUUUAUUAAAUGAAAACAAUUUUUUAC